UCGAGUCACUGCUGAUUUAGCAGAGUUCUUGUUUGUGUAUUUUGGUUUUAUUACGUGAUUGUUUUCUUCUGUUAAAUUUUUUUAUUUACAGAAUGGCUGAAGUUGCUCCUGCUCCUGCAACCGCGCCUGCUGCUGCGCCAAAUAAAACACCGAAGAAGAAGUCAUCGGCCAAACCUAAAAAGAGUGGUCCUAGUGUGUCCGAUCUGAUUGUAAAAGCUGUGUCCGCCUCUAAUGAGCGCAGUGGGCUUUCUCUUGCCGGGCUGAAAAAGGCUUUAGCUGCGGGUGGCUACGAUGUUGAAAAGAACAACUCCAGAGUGAAGCUUGCUGUGAAGAGCUUAGUGGGCAAAGGUACGCUGGUGCAGACGAAGGGCACUGGUGCCUCUGGCUCUUUCAAGAUUAACAAGAAACGGACUGAGGCCAAAGAAAAAGCUGCUAAAAAGAAGACUUCUCCUAAAGCUAAGAAGCCGGUGGCAAAAAAGCCAGCAGCGAAGAAGCCGAAAAAGGCUGCAGCAAAGAAACCAGUGGCUGUUAAAAAGUCGCCCAAGAAAGCAAAGAAACCUGCAGCUGCUAAGAAAGCUACGAAGAGCCCCAAGAAGGCUAAACCAGCCGCAGCAAAGCCGAAAAAGCCGGCGAAGACUGCCAAGAAAGCCAAAACCGCGAAAUCUAAAGUGGCUAAACCUAAGACCGUGAAAAAAAGUGCCGGUAAGAAGAAGUAAAGCCUUGUUAUGCUUGUACCCAACGGCUCUUCUAAGAGCCACCACACAUUGAUGAAAGUGCUGAAAUUCAACCGUUGCUUAUAUUAAGUAUAUGAAGUACAUUGUGAACUGUAAACUUGCCAUGCUUUGGAGCUGAGGAAGAGCACGGACUUCGAAAAAAGAACUAUGUAUAUAUUUAAAGACUGAAAUUUUAUUUUUAACUAAAGCCCUAACAAGUUGACCUCCAUUUCUUCCAGGUCUUUGACCAAACUACACGUUUUUACUAACGCAUUUCCAACCUCGAAGGUUUUUUUUUUUUUUUUUUUCUUCCCUUUUUUGCAUGUAUAACUUGACUUUUUUGUAAACUUGGGUGGCUUGUGUGUUUAUCGUCUGACCGUGCAGUAAAAUAUUUUAACUGUUAAAAGGAUUUGGAAGUUGCGGUGUCAAGUGUCCUCUUGACACAUGCUGUCCUUUAGCAGACUGAAGGUUAAUUGAUUUAUGCUAUUAAGCCACCAGGAAGAAAAUGAGCAUUCAACCCUUUUACCAGU